AUGAGCACCGACGAUUUGACAUCCGCCGUAGCGGACCUCCAGCUGACCGAGACGCCCGCCGGCGAACCCGAAGCACCUCAGCCACCCGUCGGCGAAGAAUCACCUGAGCUAUUGGCCGAGUCGAGCUUUCCUGAGUGGUCUUGGCCAGCUACGCCACUGGGCCUCCUUGACAAAUUCUCAGGAGAGGUUCGAAACCAGAUCUACGGGCAUCUGCUUGAUGGGAAUCUCGUCAGAAAUGCAUUCUACAAAGCCGAAAAUGGUGAGACCAAGGCCGUCGAGUACUACAAAGAUUACCGUCUCUCGAAUCUGGCACAUGGGAUCAAGUUCCGCACUAACAUCAUGCUUACCAGCAAGGCAGUGUACGCAGAAGCAAAGGCAGUGCUUCUUAAACGCAACGACUUCGUCAUAUUCUCAUGGCAAUGGGACCCUUUCCUCCAUUCCGGGGAGGUUCCGUUCAUGGCUCUGCUUAUAGAACACAACGUCCCGACAAUCUCCUCCGCAACCGACAACUUCGAUUAUGAAUCCAUGCGCCUACAUUUUCGCCAUCGAGAAUGGCCGCAAAACGAAAGUAGGGCCCACAAUGCUGAAUCUCUAAUCAUGCUGGCCUGUGAUCUUGGACAUCUUUUCCAAGUGAUCAGCUGCUAUGCAGUAAACAGACUCAUGGCCGGUACUGUAAUGCUGAAAGACGCCCACAACGGAACUUUGAAGAGCUUUACAGGCCCAAGCGAUGAGCUUGACAAAGCUCACGAGCUCACCAUCGAGCUCCGCCAGUUACCGAACAAGCGGGAUGUCUAUGCUGAAGCCGCGCGCAUGCUCUACCAACUUCAACAUCCUGUCUGCCCUGCGCUUCGUUUGACGUAG